AUGUCUAUAAUUUAUGGUUUAGUAGCAAGAGACAAAACAGUACUGGCAGAAUACACCGAAUUUGGGGGCAAUUUUUCCAAUAUUAGCAGAUUGCUUCUGGAAAUUAUACCCCCCCAUUCUGCGAGGAAAUCAUAUAUCUAUGAUGACUAUGUUUUUCAUCAGCUUAUGAAAAAUGGAAUCACAUUCAUGGCCAUGACAGAUAAGGAAUUGGGUUUCUUAACCCCCUACGCAUUUCUAGAAGAAAUAUCCAAAGUAUUUUUUAAGCAUUUUAACUACACGUCUGACUUUAUUACCUUAUCACUGGAUGAAGAAUUUAAGCCGGUUUUGAGAGAAAAUAUGAGAAUUUUCAAUAACUAUGAAUCCAACGAUGUGCAUAACUUAAAAAACAAAAUUAGUAACAUACAAAAUAUUAUCAUCGAAAAUAUUGAAAAGAUAUUAGAAAGAAGAGAGAAAAUUGAUAUACUAGUUAACAAAAGUGAAAAAUUAUAUCAGGAAAAUAUAAACUUUAGACGACAAGCUAUGAGGCUAAAUUUUUUUAUGUGGAUGGAAAAUAACAGGUUUCUUAUUUAUUUUAUUUCAACUAUAGCUAUUUUUAUUUUCCUAAUUUGGUCCCUUUAUAAUGUUUAA